AUGACAGAACUAACGAUCCAAGAGGCAUCGGAGGCAGGUGCGCCGUCGGCCGGAAGGUCGCCGACUGCAAGAGAGCACAGUGAGAGACCUGUCGUGUCGUGGAGCUCUGAGGGAACCUUCACGACAGGUCAUGGGGCCAGCGACGACCAGGAGGGCUACGAAGAACAGUUUGCCGUUCCCGAUGUGGCUCCCGACGAGGGAGCCGCGAAGGGCCGCGACGCAAGUCGCGGUCCAACUGGUCGGAAGCCUGCAAAGGUCAACGACCAACAACAAACCACCGCCAAGGCCGCAACCACGCGCAAGUCGCCUAAGAGGAGGAAGAAGAAGCUGCGCGCGCCGGACUCGGCGGAUGAGUCGCUAUCCAAGCCGCAAGGCAAGGACUCGGGACGCCAGUACACCGUCGAGGAAGUGCGGUACGUCGUGGCGCGUACGGAGCUCUUCCGCCUGCUAGAGCAAGACCCAAUCUUGGACUUCCUCAAGCCCACGAUGAUGAGCAACUUCACAGGCCCCUUCGUGGCGCCGGACUUCGAUAGUCUCACCAGCGUCGCCCACGCCGCGCCGACUCUCUUCCAUAUGCUUUGUGACUCGGGAUUCAUGUUGGGGGCUUUUGAUAUGGAGAGGCUGUGCGACUGGGACCUCAAGUCUUCGUUGCGCGCGAUUCGCGUCGUUCAGGAGCCCUUGACGAUUCUCGCCGGAUCCGUCAAACAAGACGCGCUGAGUUUCUCGACGGGCUCAGCCCAGACUUCGACGACCACGCCCUCGCCUCCACCUCGAUACCAAUCGAGCGUGGACUUCAACAGCAGCUUCGAGUCGCGCAAACACAAGUCUCCGGAGAAGCUCUGCGCGCCGGAUUCAGCGGAUGAACCGCCGGUCAAGGCGAGAGGCGACGACACGGGGAGUCAGUUCACCACGGCGGAGAUGAGGUAUAUGCUUGCUGGAGUGGAGCUGAUCCGGCUGCUGGAGCACGAUCCGAUCCUGCGUUUCAUCAAGCCCAACGCGAUCAAGUUCACGGACCCCUUCCGGAUGCCGGACUUUGACAGGCUCACGAACGUCACGCGAGCCGCGUGGACACUCUUCGAGAUGUUGCACGAAUCAGGCUUCAGCUUGGGUACACCGAGAGGGCGGGAGUGUAUGACUGGGACCUCGAGUCGUGGACACGUACGAUCCGCGGCGUCUUGGGACCGUUGA